AUGCCCUACUACGUGGUGUUUCACAAGCCUAUCCAGUACAUCUUCUCCCUAGAACUGAAUCACAGAGACCGUAGGUGUACUUUCCGAUUCCCUAGCACGGUUAUAAAGAUCCAGUUCACAUCUUUAUACCACAAAGAGGAAGUAAAAGAGGAAGCCUCAUCACCUCCCCUUCGUCCACUUUAUCCUCAAAUAUCACCUCUGAAGAUCCACAUCCCGGAGCCGGAUCUCCGAACCGUGGUCAGUCCCCUACCAUCCCCCACAGGCACUAUCAGUGUUCCCAACUCUUGCCCGGCCAGUCCACGUGGUGCUGGAUCCUCAGGAUACCGUUUUGGUCACAACAUUACCUCGGAUCUGCAGCUGGCAGCAGAGUACGCGGCGAAAGCAGCAUCAGAGCAGCAGGCAGAUGCAUCUGGCGGGGACAGCCCAAAGGAUGAGUCCAAGCCACCCUAUUCUUAUGCUCAGCUAAUUGUGCAGGCUAUAUCUUCAGCACAGGACAGGCAAUUAACACUAAGUGGGAUCUAUGCCCACAUUACCAAGCAUUAUCCGUAUUACAGAACUGCUGACAAAGGCUGGCAGAAUUCCAUUCGGCACAACCUCUCCUUGAACCGUUACUUCAUUAAGGUCCCACGCUCCCAGGAGGAGCCUGGAAAGGGCUCCUUCUGGAGAAUUGACCCUGCCUCUGAAGCCAAACUAGUAGAGCAAGCAUUUAGAAAACGAAGGCAAAGAGGGGUGUCCUGCUUCCGAACACCUUUUGGGCCUCUCUCCUCCAGGAGUGCUCCUGCCUCCCCUACUCAUCCUGGCCUGCUGUCCCCUCACUCUAGUGGCCUACAGACCCCAGAGUGCCUGUCACGGGAGGGCUCACCCAUUCCACAUGAUCACGACUUUGGGUCAAAGUUAGCCUCAGUUCCAGAGUAUCGGUAUUCCCAGAGUGCACCUGGAUCACCAGUCAGUGCCCAGCCAGUGAUUAUGGCUGUUCCUCCCCGACCAUCUACUCUGGUGGCAAAACCAGUUGCAUACAUGCCAGCAUCAAUAGUGACUUCUCAACAGCCUUCAUGUCAUGCCAUUCACGUUGUUCAACAAGCUCCCACUGUUACAAUGGUCCGAGUUGUGACCUCCUCUGCAAACUCCGCCAAUGGGUACAUCCUCACGAAUCAGGGCCCAGCGGGAGGAGCUCAUGAAGCUGCAGGAGCAGUACUGGACUUAGCUGGUGACCACCGAGGCAUGGAUGAAAAGCCAACGAUCGCCUUUGCCACCAUCCCCACAGCCAGCCGUGUUAUUCAGACUGUGGCCAGUCAGAUGGCACAGGGUGUCCCAGGACAGACAGUCACCAUCCUUCAGCAGGCAGCUCCAGUGGCCAUCGGGCAGCACCAGCUCCCGGUGCGGGCAGUCACUCAGAACGGGAAACACGCCGUCCCCGCCAACAGCAUCGCCAGUGCUGCCUGUGCUCUCACAAAUCCAUUGCAGCUCCUCGCAGCCCAGGCCAGCUCAUCCACUCCUGUUGUAGUCAGCCGGGUGUGCGAGACAGGGACCGAGGAGACAGCAGCAGCCUCUUCCAGUGAGCCUGAAGUCAAAAGACCCCGGAUAGAAGAGCCCAGUGGAGCAGUCUCAGCCCAAACUGGAGUCAUCACGUCUACCGUGCCACAAGGACAGGCAACCAGUGAAUGAAGCAGCGGUGGGAGGAGCUGGAGUGAUGCGGGGUGGGCACGGGAUGGCAGGAGCCCUAAAGCAGCUCUGAAAGAAAACAAACCACAACUGUAACACCUGAAACCAUGGUGGAUUAAGAGCUCUUUUUAAAGUCAGAUUUUUAAAUGGGAGGUCAACAGCCCUUAAAAUCUAAAGGUGUGCCAAAAAGAGUGGAAAACCCCUUCCAAGUACCCAUAUCUGGAACUCUGUUCUGUCUUUACCUAUGGGAUUUAUUUUUCUUUUUUUUAAAAAAAAAAAAAAAAUCAAAAAAAAAUACAGACAACUGAUUGU